AUGUCCAUUGUUGACGUCUUCAUGAAUACAAUAGUAAUUCUUGCUUUCCCCAGUCAUAAAGAAAAAGGCCCCAACAAUACUUUCUGUCUAACUGGUUUUCUCUCAAAAUCUACCAUGAGUACCCAAAAUCUUAAAUAUGAUGGCGGCUCAUUUCUCAUUGACAUAACCUCCACUGUUAAUUAUACCAUCAACAUAGCCAAAAAAAGGUGGCGUUUUGCUUAUACAGCAAUUUAUUCUAGACGGGUCAUGCUUGCCUUGGCCAGAGAAGUCAUAUCUAAGAGAAAUACAAACACCCAUCCUUACUCUAAACUCUUCCAAACCCAAUCUUCAAAUUGCAGCGGUACACUUGAUAUCAUUGAGCCCCUGAUUCCCCAACAUGGGACCAAUCAUUAUUCUUUGGUUCGUGAUGUUGGUAAGGCCAGGCUUGCCAGUAUGGUAAAGGACAAAAACUUAUUAGCCUUUACAGAGUUUGGAGGCGUUGAAGGUGUUGCAUAUAUUCUCGGAACCAUUCCAGCGAAGGGAAUCACUGGCAGCCAUGAUGAUAUUGCCAAACGUAUUGAAGUGUUUGGCUCAAACACUUACCAGAGGCCACCACCUAAGGUUUUCCUGAGCUUUGUGGUGGAAGCUCUCAAUGAUACUACUAUUCUGAUCCUUCUUGUUUGCGCCGCUCUUUCCCUUGGUUUUGGCAUAAAAGAACAUGGCCCGGGGGAAGGCUGGUACGAAGGAGGGAGUAUAUUUUUAGCAGUGUUUCUGGUGGUGGUUGUUACUGCACUCAGCAACUUCAGACAAGAGAAACAGUUUGACAAAUUGUCUAAGAUAAGCAACAACAUCAAAGUAGAAGUUGUGAGAAAUGAAAGGCCACAACAGAUAUCCAUCUUUGAUGUUCUUGUGGGAGAUGUUGCAUCCCUUAAGAUUGGUGACCAGAUUCCAGCUGAUGGAUUGUUCAUCAGUGGCCAUUCUUUGCUAGUGGAUGAAUCAAGUAUGACAGGUGAGAGCGACCACGUAGAAAUUGAGCCUUCAAAAAGUCCCUUCUUGUUGUCUGGUGCAAAAGUGGUGGAUGGCUAUGCUCAGAUGCUCGUGACAUCUGUGGGAUCCAACACAGCAUGGGGUGAAAUGAUGAGCUCAAUUACGCGAGACACCAAGGAAAGGACACCAUUACAGGCUCGCCUUGACAAGUUAACCUCUUCUAUUGGAAAGGUAGGCCUCACAGUCGCUUUUCUUGUCCUCAUAGUCUUGUUAACUCGUUAUUUCACUGGAAACACACCAGAGGUUGAAGGGAACACGAAGUUCCAGGGGAGUAAAAGUGAUGUAAACGACAUUUUCAAUGCGGUUGUGAGGAUUGUUGCCGCCGCAGUGACUAUUGUGGUGGUGGCAAUCCCAGAGGGUCUGCCAUUGGCUGUCACUCUCACUCUUGCUUACUCCAUGAAAAGAAUGAUGGCUGACCAAGCAAUGGUGAGGAAACUUUCUGCUUGCGAAACCAUGGGAUCAGCUACAGUUAUUUGCACAGAUAAAACUGGUACCUUAACAUUGAAUCAAAUGAGAGUCACCAAGUUUUGGCUUGGCGUACAAAAUGUUAUGGAGAACUUUUCCAAUGCAAUGGCCCCUAAAGUUCUUGAGUUAUUCCACGAAGGAGUUGGACUCAAUACAACUGGCAGUAUCUAUAAACCUUCACCAACAUCUGAACCUGAAAUUUCUGGUAGCCCAACGGAGAAAGCUAUACUCUUGUGGGCUGUGUCAGAUUUACGCAUGGACAUGGAUGAACUGAAGCGCACAUAUGAAGUUCUCCAUGUUGAAACAUUUAACUCGGAAAAGAAACGAAGUGGUGUCGCAAUAAGGAAGAAGACCAACAACACAGUUCACGUGCAUUGGAAAGGUGCUGCUGAGAUUAUACUUGCAAUGUGUUCAAAUUAUAUUGACAAUAACGGCAUAGAGAAGUCCCUUGAUGAAGAACGGAGUAAAUUUGAAAAUAUAAUUCAAGGCAUGGCUGCUAGUAGCCUUAGAUGUAUUGCUUUUGCUUACGUGCAGAUUUCAGAAGAUAUUGAUUAUAACGAUAAGGAGAAAUCACAUCAAAUCCUUAUAAAAGCUGGCUUGACCUUGCUCGGUAUUGUGGGCCUCAAGGAUCCCUGCCGACCCGACGUCAAGAGGGCUGUGGAAACUUGUAAACUUGCAGGAGUUACUAUCAAGAUGAUCACAGGUGAUAACAUAUUCACUGCACAAGCAAUAGCAACAGAAUGCGGAAUAUUAGACAUUGAUGGCCAUGUGAAUGCGGGAGAAGUGGUGGAGGGUAUGGAAUUCAGGAACUAUUCUGAGGAAGAGAGAAUGGAGAAAGUUGAGAAGAUUCGCGUGAUGGCAAGAUCAUCCCCUUUGGACAAACAUUUGAUGGUGCAAUGCUUGAAAAAGAAAGGCCAUGUUGUUGCAGUCACAGGAGAUGGCACAAACGAUGCACCUGCUUUAAAAGAAGCAGACAUUGGACUUUCUAUGGGGAUCCAAGGAACCGAAGUUGCCAAGGAGAGUUCUGACAUUGUUAUCUUAGAUGACAACUUCAGUACUGUUGCCACUGUUUUAAGGUGGGGGCGAUGUGUUUACAACAACAUCCAGAAAUUCAUCCAGUUUCAACUAACCGUGAAUGUUGCAGCUCUAGUGAUCAAUUUUAUUGCAGCAGUUUCUUCGGGAAAUGUUCCCCUAACAACAGUUCAACUAUUAUGGGUAAAUCUCAUUAUGGAUACUCUAGGAGCAUUGGCACUGGCUACAGAAAGGCCUACAAAGGAGUUAAUGGAGAAAAAGCCUGUGGGUAGAACUGAGCCUCUUAUUACUAGUAUUAUGUGGAGAAACCUUUUAGCUCAAGCUUUAUAUCAGAUUGCUGUCCUCUUGGUUUUACAAUUCAAUGGAAAGUCAAUCUUUAAUGUAACGGAGAAGGUAAAGGAUACUCUAAUUUUUAAUACUUUUGUUCUCUGCCAAGUAUUCAACGAGUUCAACUCCAGAAGUAUGGAGAAACUUAAUGUAUUCCAAGGCCUUCACAGAAACCCCUUGUUUAUUGGAAUUGUCGGGAUUACUCUUGUUCUUCAAGUUGUGAUGGUGGAACUCCUGAGGAAGUUUGCCGAUACAGAGAGAUUAACAUGGGAGCAAUGGGGAAUUUGUGUUGGGAUUGCAGCUGUGUCAUGGCCAAUUGCUUGGAUUACUAAGCUCGUACCUGUUACAGAUAAACCGUUCUUCAGCCACGUUAAGUGGGUAAAAUUACUGGUCUUCAAGAUUAAGCAUUAUUUAUAA